CUCGACACCAGCUUGCGUGAAAUUGAAAAGGAGGAGGACGUCCCUCGCAUGCACGCAGAAAGCUCUCAGUGUGCGUAUCCUGGAUGGCCCGCCUGCUUUGGAAGCCCCCUCGAGCGAGCUAGGUAUGCCGACCAGUCCACUCGCCCCCUGCUCAAACCGCCAGUCCUUCCUCCGACAAUUCAAGAUCACUCGCACGUCAAGCGGAUCGUGCAAAUCCAACCCCCCGUUGCCCGUGCCGAUCGAGCGUACUUGGCCACGCCCCCCACCUGUGCGUUUUCGAUUGCAUGCAAAAGCGAUGUCGCCACGCGCAAGUGCUACCACUGCGCAAGAUUUGACGCCCAGCGAACGGGAUACUAUUGCGACGCGUGCUUUGAAGCGAGGCACCCGCCGGUUCGCCUCGCGCAUUCAUGGACAUUUCUAUGCGAUGAACGAGACUCGAAAGCAGACUGGAUCGACCAUCUCACUCACUUGAAGCUUGAGCAAGACUUUCUCGAGCUCAACGGCAUGCUCCAUCACACAUCGUCAUUCCUCGACAUAACCGCCCAGGCCGCGGCGUCUCAAUACCCCAUCGAACGAAAAAUGAAGACAGCAAUCGAGACCAUGACGACAAUCGACACGGGAAUUCGAACACUCAUGGGCCAUGUGAAGAAGUCGCUCAAGUCCAAGCACCUCACACGCGCCGAUGCUGUCCGCAAGAUCCAGGAGAUGUGGAAAGUGCGCAAGGCGCGAAAACACUUGAAGGCGCUGCUGCGAAGUGUGUACCAGCGGAUGGAAGACCCGGCGACGGGCAACAUCUAUUACUUCAACAAGAUGACGGAGACAGCGCAGUGGGAUGCGCCGAUUGGGCUCACGGCCGACAACGACCAUCGGAAACGCAAAAAAGUCAAGCGCCAGUUGAACCAAGUCGAAGCGGCCCAAUUUAUUCAGCGAGCAUACCGCCGCCGCCUUGCGAUCGAGAGCGUCCGGCGCCUGAUCCACAAAGUGUACCGCAAAGUUCACGACCCCGUGUCGGGGCGCUACUACUAUUACAACAGGCAGACGGGGGAAGUGAGUUGGACCAAGCCAAAGCUCUUGGGGCGCCACGACGACAUUUCGUCCGCCGACGACAAGAAGCCUGCGCGAGCGGCACACGUCACAAAUCAAGAGCCACUAGAUGCACAAGAAGGUGCACAACGCAUCCAGCGCAUGGUUCGUUGUGCCAUGGCGAGGCGGCAAGUCCGUGCAAUGAUAUCGCGGGUGUACGUCAAGGUCUGGGACGACAGCCGCGCGCAGUUUUACUUUUACAAUACUGUCACCAAAGCAGUGAGCUGGGAGAAACCAAAGUGGGUCGACGAGUCCGACUUGAUGUCUCCGCGCACCCACCGCGCGGCUCUCGUCCAAGAAAAAGUGAAUGCCAUUCGGCACGGCAGCUCGGACGAGGCAGCUCAGUACCUCCAGCGACUCAUUCGGCGGCGCCAAGCCCGGCGCAAGCUCCAGCAGAUGCUCGCCGAAGUGUACGAGAUGGUUCUCGAUGAAGCCACGGGAGAAUACUUCUACCACAACAAAAGGACUGGCUGCGUCUCGUGGAGCAAGCCGUCCUUGAUCGCGUCAUGACGACAACAUGUGGUUCUCAAAUAUGGAAUUUAAAAAAGCGAUUCAUGGAUUUGC